AUGGCUAUGAGAACAAAAACAUUGGCGACACGCACGAACCAUACGUUGCGCUUAUCAAAAACCGGAGUUGCGGUGAAAACGAUGUUGUCACGUAUCAAUUUAGCUGCUCGUGGAAUCAAUUGUGAAACAGAAUAUGGGAGACAUAUGAAUGAUUUAUCGAGACGUAUUUUCACUGAGCCACAGCGAACAACCGAAUCUAAAAAUCUGAAAGUUGUAAGGGUUAUGUCAGAAGAGCCGUUGGAGCAACAGUCGUUCAAAGCAAUUGAUUAUUAUCCCAAUCAACCAAUGUUCCACUAUUUGACAAAAAUGUUGCGCUUCCAUGGUCUUUGUUUUGAUGAACACAUUGUAUGGAGAGAAGUGCAGAAUCGAUUGAAAUUAGCACGAGGAAAAAUGCUUUAUCCACCAAUUGGGCAAGGUAAAAGGGCUCAGCUCAGAGGCGAGAAGAAAUAA